GUAAUAUUUAUACUUUUAAUGAAACUCUUUCAGAACCAUGUUGAAGUUGAACGCUCAGCGAAUGGUGUCCCGGGUGUUUCCGAUACUGACCUGGUCCCGCAGUUACGAUGUGCAGACCGGGGUUGGUGAUCUCAUUGCUGGGAUAACAGUAGCGCUGACACUCAUCCCGCAGUCUAUAGCGUAUGCGUCACUAGCGGGAUUCGAACCUCAGUAUGGUCUCUACGCGUCACUCGCUGGUGGCUUUGUCUACGGCAUCAUGGGCGCCUGUCCUCAGAUCAACAUCGGUCCGACAGCAUUGCUGUCUCUUCUCACCUUCACGUAUACCCACGGGACGAACCCGGACUACGCCGUGCUGCUGUGCUUCUUCUGUGGCGUCAUACAGAUAAUAGCUGGAAGCGUUCAGCUUGGCUUCCUAGUGGAAUUCGUCUCCCUGCCCGUGGUAUCUGGGUUCACAUCAGCAGCAGCGAUCACCAUAGCAUCAUCCCAGAUCAAGGGUCUGCUUGGACUGAACUUCAGCGCUGAAACUUUCACUUCGACGUGGGCUGGAGUAGUCCAUAAUAUCACCAGCACGAGGGUCCAGGAUACGCUGCUUGGAUUGGCGUGCUGCAUAGUGCUUAUGGGUAUGAAGGUUCUAAAAGAUAUCCGCCUGAGCAGUAGCGACAAAAAGUCCACAAACAACAUCGUGAUCAAACAGAAGUUGCUGUGGUUCUGCGGCGUUUCUCGCAAUGCGGUCGUCGUGGUCGUGGCCACCAUGAUCGCGUUCUUCGUGCAUGAAGAUAAGAACAACCCACUUAUAUUGACAGGUGACAUAACACCUGGCUUACCCACACCGCGGCUACCUCCGUUCGAGACGACCAGUGUCAACGGAACCGUCACCGCUGGGGAGAUGCUAUCGCACCUGGGGUCAGGCUUACUGGUCGUUCCGCUGGUGGGCAUCAUAUCAAAUGUGGCUAUAGCCAAGGCUUUCUCAAAAGGGAAGAAAAUGGACGCGUCACAAGAAAUCGUCGCGUUGGGCGCUUGCAAUCUGAUCAGCGCCUUCUUUAGUUCGUUCCCGGUGAAUGGUUCGUUCACUCGCAGCGCUGUCAGCGACGCGUCGGGAGUGAGGACGCCAGGCGCUGGCUUCUACACAAGUCUGAUCGUCUUGCUGACGCUGGCGCUGCUGACGCCGUACUUCUACUUCAUCCCGCGCGCGGCGCUGGCGGCGGUGAUCGUGUGCGCCGUGCUGCACAUGGUCGACCUCGCCAUCGUCAGGCGGCUGUGGGCGACCAAUAGACUAGAUCUAAUCCCGCUGGUGGGUACGUUUGUGUGCUGCCUGCUGCUGGGUAUCGAGAUCGGUCUCGGCUGCGGCGUCGUCAUUGACGUGCUGCUGCUGCUGUACUACCAGUCGCGGCCGCCGCUGGAUGUGCGAUUUGUUAAUGAAAGCCACCUUCCAGCGUACUACGAUAUACACCCAGUGGGUGGCCUACAUUUUACCAGCGCGGAGAAGGUCAGAAAUAAGCUCCUGGCGCUGAAGAGUUCAAAGGAGUCAAGACUGCAGGAUCUCACUGUGAUACGAGAUGGCGUUGCCAACGGCGUUGACGUCCACAAAAUACCGAACAUCUUGGUCAUACACUGCGACGCCUUGAGCAGACUAGAUUACACGUUUUUACAGGGUGUGAAAAUGCUAGUACAGGAGUGGUUAUCUGAGGGUGUGGUGGUGUGGGUGGACGCCAGGCCCACCAUCCGUGACCAGCUGAAUACUGUGCUGCAUGAACCGCUGUUCUGUGACGCCGCGCAGCUGACAAUAGUAUUAUUAGGUAUAUCGACAAUCACACAGACGGCUAACGCCUGUGACACGAGACUGUGAACUUUACAAAGUGAUACCAAUAGUGUUAAGUGUUGUAUAGUGCUAUGGUUAAAAUAAAAUGCAUUUUUAUUAA